AUGCACGACUGUUGUAAGCAAGGACACAUUCACACAGGUACUCCAACAGGUACACUCACUCAAAUUUCCGGAAGAGAAACCUAUGUGAAAAAACAUUCGAAUAGUAAUGGAAAGGCCAUUUUAUUUAUUCAUGAUGCUUUCGGAUUGCCAUUCAUUAAUAAUCAACUCUUGGUUGAUACCUUCUCUGAAGAAGCACAAGCUGAUGUUUAUUUACCUGAUUUUUUCAAUGGUGAUGGUGUUCCAAUUCAAGUCCUGUCAAACAUGUCAAGUUUUGAUUUUAAUCCUUGGAGAGCUAGAAAUGGACGUGAUAAAUUCCCAAUUAUUGAAAGUUAUACAAGAGCACUGAAAGAACAGGAAGGAAUUAAAAAACUUGUAGUAAUUGGAUUUUGUUGGGGUGGUUGGGGUUCCAUUCAAUUAGGUCAAUUGGAUGAUUUGGUGGAUGGAGUUGUUUUGGCUCAUCCAUCAAUGCUUGAAAUUCCAUCUGAUAUUGAGGCAUUGAAAAAGCCAAGUUUAUUCAUUUGUGCUGAGGUUGACCAUGCAUUCUCAGAGGAAGCACGUUUAUUAUCUCAAUCAAUUUUGGAAAAUAAGGAAAUGGAUGCAACAUUUAAAUUGUGGAAUGGAGUGAGACAUGGAUUUGCAGUUCGUUUUGAUACGGAGGAUAAGAUUGCUGCUCAAGCUGCUGAACAAGCAAAGGAUGAGGCAGUUAAAUUCUUUAAGAGAAUACUUCAAUAA